CUGGUCGGGAAAACCCGUCUGAGUAGGGAAAUAAUUAGAAAAUAUAACAUUGCACAUGUUGGACCUGAAUAGCGAUUUACAGCCAGCAUCCUACUUAUUGACGGUUGUUAUUUCAAGCUGACUCCGCACGGGGAUGACACCGACAGAUGUGUGAGACAAACGGUCAGCGGUCAACGCGCACAUCACCACGGGCAGCUUUCACCCCCACAGACAGACAGCCAGACCGUUCAAUGCGAGGAAACUGCUCAGAGUGGACCGCAAGGGACGUGGGCUGUAGCAGCAGAAAUGUUAGCUAGGUAACAUUUGGUGGGAAAAGCUGUUUCGUUAUAGACAAGUGGGUCCAACCAGGUGACCGCAUGCUACUGCUUGUGUUGUAGCUAACAGGCAAUUUGCUGGUCUGUAGCCAGCUAACUUUAGCCUUGUCAGUCUCUGGUCAGGGCCCUGUUUCUGCCUGCUGUAACCUACGCUUUCGGGAAAAUUCAAGGGCCAUGGAUUUCCCAGGCCACUUCGAGCAGCUCUUCCAGCAGCUGAAUUAUCAGCGCGUCCACGGUCAGCUGUGUGAUUGUGUCAUCGUGGUGGGCAGCCGACACUUUAAGGCCCACCGCUCAGUGCUUGCAGCCUGCAGCACUCACUUCAGAGCCCUGUUCACUGUUGCAGAGGGAGAUGCCAGCAUGAACAUGAUCCAGCUGGACAGUGAGGUGGUGACAGCUGAAGCUUUUGCUGCUCUGGUGGACAUGAUGUACACGUCAACACUGAUGCUGGGGGAGAGCAACGUGAUGGAUAUCCUCCUUGCAGCCUCACACCUCCACCUCAACAAUGUAGUCAAAGCCUGCAAACACUAUCUCACAACACGCACGCUGCCUAUGUCUCCCUCAUCUGACCGACAAGCACAUCACCACCCUCAGCAGGACCAUCAGAGGCGCAGACAGCAGCAGCAGCAAGUAGCAGAUUUGGCAGUGAACCCUACUCUAGCAGCUAAUGCUAACCUCGCAGCAAAUGCUGCAACGUCAAAGUUGCAGCGCUCCUUCCUGUUGCAGCAGCUGGGGCUCAGCUUGGUGAGCUCUGCCUUGGGUGGGAUGGAGGAGGACGGGGUGGGAAAUGUAGUUGGCAAUAGAGGGGUGGAACAGAGAGCCUCCUUCCCUAUCCGACGAUUCCACAAACGUAAGCCCUCUCUUGCAAUGGGCCUGUCAGAAGACAGACCCAGGCAGAGGCAGCGCCCCUCAGCCCCUAACCUGGGGUUGUUGGGAGAAGAAGGGGUUAACAUAGAGCGAGAGGAAGGAGCACUUCUAUCUCCAGACUCCCACAAGAUGGGGGAUGAAUCAAAAUUGGAUGCUGCAAUAACUGGCCUAGUAGGGGUGUCCCAAGAUGAUCCUCAGAUGCCUAGCCAGUCAGACAGUGGACACUGUGAGGGAGAGGACAUGGGAAGAAUGCAGGGAGGGGUGAGCAAGGAGGAGGACAUGGAUGACCAGGACCACCAGGAUAACAGAUCAGGCGUGAAGAUUAAAUCAGGGACAGAAGAAGAGGCCGAAGAACAGGAAGAGAAGGUGGUGGUUAAACGAGAGCCGCUGAGCUCUCCUGAGCCGACAGAUGAAAUCAGCGAUGUGACAUCGCAGGCUGAAGGCAGCGACCCAGCUGAGCCUGGAGGCCAGGAGGAGGAAGAGAAGGUGGAGCUGAGCCCAGAGAGUAGCGACCGUAGCUUCACCUCUGAACCCCAACCCAGCUCUGACUCUCUGCUGCAGCCCAGCUCCCAGCUCCUCCUCAAGAGCAGCAUGGGAAGUGGCGCCGGAGUCGGAGGAGGUUUUUCGUGUAAUAAUGGAUUAAGUGGCAAACCUGGUUUUAGUAUUUCUAGCUUCCUUAGCCCUAAGGAUUUUGGAAAUGGCGGGCCAGGGUUGGUUACAGCAGAAGAUGACCUGCCCAACACAACAACUGGGGAUGCAGUAGCACAUCACUUCCUGCUGAGACAGGAAGCUGCUGGGCCGUCUGGCUCUGCUUCUUCUUCUCUUCUGCAGUCAGGUCCACUCAUUGGUGAGAGUCGCGGUAGUUUUGGAGACAACUUGCAGCCUGAUUCUCUGUUCCUUCGUCCCCUGCAUGACAGUUUGGGGAACCCCAGAGGAAGUGGGGGAAGUGCGAGUGGAGGACGGGGAGGGGUAGAUCCCUUUGGUUUGGACUUCCAGCGCUCCAGUCUGGGGCUUCACUCUCUCGGGCGACCCUCGCGAGGGGCUGGAGGAGCAACCACUGCCUCUCUGGGCUACCCAGGCUACAGGCGUAUUGCUCCAAAGAUGGCCACCAGCAUGGGAGGAGAAGAAGGAGUAAGUGGUGUUCUUCAGGAUUCCGCCUCUUCCUCCUCUAGUCUGGCAAGUCCUAUGCUUCUCAAUGAGACUGGUGGGUAUGAGAUGAACAGUGGCAGGCCCACCUCCCUCCCCCCUCAGCUUACCAGAGCUUCAGCAGAUGUCCUGUCCAAGUGCAAGAAGGCUCUGUCGGAGCACAACGUCUUGGUGGUUGAGGGAGCUCGGAAAUAUGCCUGUAAAAUAUGCUGCAAAACCUUCCUCACUCUGACUGACUGCAAGAAACACAUUCGUGUCCACACAGGAGAGAAGCCCUACGCUUGUCUCAAGUGUGGAAAGCGUUUCAGCCAGUCUUCCCACCUAUACAAGCAUUCUAAGACCACAUGUCUGCGCUGGCAGAAUAGUAACAUGUCCAAUUCCCUGCUGUAGGACUGAGAGAGGGCAAUAGAAAGAAUAAAUUGGGAAUCAGAGUUGGGCUGAAUUUAAAGUCCCAAAAAGUUUAGAUUUUUCUGAAGCUGUGACAGAGCAGCCGUCUCUAAUCAACUGUCCAAACUAACCAGUCCUGAUCACAGACCAAAGAUAGGAAUGCUAAUGUAACCACACUUUUUUUUCCAGGAGAAACUCAUACUACUAAGUCAGUAAAAGUUACUCUAAACACAUUUAGCCUGAAGAGAGAUUAUAGGGAUGCAGGAUAUGCAUACAUGCAGCCACUGGACUCUAUAUAAUAUGAUCUAGGCCAGUCUAGGCUUGACUUUUAAAGCUGCCAUACUGUUGGCUGUCUUGUUUGUUUUUUUUUAACAAUCAUGUGUGCCCUCUCAUUAAGUGAUCUGUUGAGGUGAUCCCUUAGUGCUGAACAUCUAUAAUUUGUGGUACACUUAUAGAUGCACAUUUGAUUUAAUCAUAUAUAAUAAGCAUAUUAUAACACUCAAGCUGAGUGUUUGCAGAUCAGAGGGAGCUGUAUAGCACCAACAUUAAGAAUGGAUAUCAUGUCAAAUAGUGUGCUUAUGUGUAGAUUUUCCACUGCCCAAUGUGUAAAACAUGUAGUAGCAUCCCACAUCAGACUCCUGGGUCCUCCCAACUGUGCACAUUGACUGUGCCUUGUUCUGUGCAAGGUCAUAUAGACUUUGGGCUAACUGUUUCAUAUUCAAUUCUGGUGCCAGAUAAAAUGCCUGUUAAGUACUAGCAACUGUUGACGGAUGUCUUGAUACUUACUAUGCUGUACAAAAAGGUGGGCAGAGUUGGAUUCUAUCCUGUGAGGUGAAAGAAAAGAUGGCAGAGACUCUAGUGUUGUAUAUGUUAUUUUCACCCAGUGAAAAUGUCAUUAACUGACCAAAUAAACUUGAUUCUUUUUAUUUUCUGAAGUGAUGAAGUUUGAGGCAGCUGAUAUCCUCAACCAGGACAAGAGUAACUCAAAUGAAAAAAUAAAACAGAUCAGCAUUUCUCUGUGGCUGAUUCUGGAUUUUCAAGUCAAGUCAAAUAGAUGUGAGAUGGUUUAUCCCUGUAGUUGCCUUUCAGCCCAACCACCUCAGUUAAAGAAAUAUGUUUGGUAGCUGGUAAUUCAUUAAUUGUAAAAUAAUGGAGCCUUCACAUUUCAUGUGACUACAGGAAUUAAUUGUCUCACUUUGAUACAUUUAUACCUUAUACAAGUUUUGAAGGAGUAGGAAUUGCUGUAAUCAACAUCUUGCCUCAAUGUGCACUUGCCAGGCAGAGCUAUUGACCUUAAUCCUUAAAGUUCCUUUGUUUAGGGGAGCAAACAAAUCUGAGCAGUGAGAGACGGAAAAGUGUCAACCUGCACCAUCUUUGCAGUUACAGCAGGAAAAACUAUCUGCGUUUACUGCGCCUUGCAGUUUUUGAGAAAUGUAAUAUAUAAUAUUGCAUUAUAAUGCUACUAUAAUACAGACACACAGGGAAAUGUGCUGUAAAUGCACCUUAUUUUGUGUCAUGGUGUGCAAAACUUGCAAUUUCUUAUAGUUUUUAAAUUGUAUAAGCGACUUCCCCUCCUUAUUGGGAAUGACCACAAAAAGAUCAGCUGUAGCUCAGCAAGUCUACUGACCGUCCACACAUCAGUGUGCUUGUGUGUGUACAGAUAGCGUUGUCUGAAGAAAACUGUUUACAGGAUAUUGAGGUUCAGCACGUGUUGAAAAAGUGCUUUAGAAAUGUAAAUAUUGCACAUUUGUGGUUGGUUUCAUAUUUUUUCUCUUGGAGAAGAGACAAAACAACUCAUGAAGAACUAGACAUGUAUAAGUUUGUUACUGUACUUGAUAUCAGUGCUUUAUACAUGUCUCUUUUUACAUCUAAUGUUGCAUCUGUUACUAAAGCACUUAGACAAAUCAUUCUCUUUUAUAACAUAUAUGUUUACUGGAAUGUUGAACUAUGUGAAAAUGUUGCUGUAUUGCAAUUAUCCAACUCUACCAGCUCUUAAUUUUAUUUCUUACGCUACUACUAUGUUGGAUAUGAAAGUGAAGAAUUUGUAGCAUUUUUGUUCUCUGCAGGUGAUCGAUCAUGCAGGAUUUCCACUAGUCUGCAAAGUUUGAAUAUCAUUGAAUUUGAGAGGAAUAUUUCACAUGGCGAUAAAUAAUUCAGAAACAAAUUUUUAGGCAAUCUAUUGUCAGUUUUUUGUUUUAAUUUCAGGUAUUUAUAGCUGGGGUUUUUUUUUUUAUCUAUGCAACUGUAUAUUAAUGUCUACCUACAUCUUGAUAAACACUGUCAUAGAUAAAAAUGGCUGUCCUUAAUAGUUAUCAAAUAAAAAGUUUGAUAACUAUUAAGGAUUUGUGUAAGACUCAAAAAGAGCAGACAUGCUGAGAAGGAAUCUAAUUUUGCAGGUUAUAGAAAAUAAAAUAUCAAGGAUUUUUACAUCAACCCAACUGGGGAAGCUUGAAUUCCAGUUGGUUGUAAAUAAGAGCGGUUUCAUUGGUAGAAAGUUGGUUAAUUGAAAUCAGUGUUCAUGCAGUGUUGUAAAGUUCUGUUUUAGUGAACUGAAAUGAAAAAAAUAACACUUUAAAUACAUACUUGCCUUUUUGUAUACUUUAUUGCUUGCUAUAUUGUGUCAUCUACACUGUCAAUGAGGAUCUCAUGGUCAUAGCUUUCAAUUCUUGUUGGCACCUUAUUGUACUGUAGAGUCAUUGCACUGUUAGCCUGUACAAAAUGAUUAUUAUUUGACAUAUUUUGAUAGUCUGAUAAUCUUGACAUUUAACUUCAUAGAAGAAUAACUGCCUUCUCAUACGUUCUCCCUCUAAACAUAGGCUAAACUGCUGUUUGCCCUGAAAUUCUUGACGCUGUGGAGUCAAUAAUAAAGUUGUUAAAGCUUGGCCACAGAGGUUAAAAUGACCAUUAAUGGUUAAAUCUCAAUUCUGAUGCCCGUUCCUCUGUGAUGUCUCCUCACACUCAGCCUCCUCUGUCAUGAUGGAAAGAGCUAGCUGUGAUGUGCUCUUACGAAACAGAGAAUUGUAGAGGUGAUGAGGCAAAGGAAAGAUGUAGUCCUCCUCCCAUGUCUCACACAGUGCCUGUUAAGAAUUGUAAUGGUGCUGUUCAAUGUGAAUCUCUGAAAAAUGCACUGACUGUAUUACCCCUGUAUGAAUAUGCCAACAUUUUCACAACAUGUAAAAGGCCUAAAUUAAUUAAGAAAGUCACUGCCUUAUGCCCUCUAGCUUGAAAAGCUGGGCUUUUGUUGAUAUGCCAAAUCUGAGGGAUUUCUGUUUUUUGUUUUUUUUUUGUUCUGUAUGUGUAACAUAGUGUAACCACGAGAGGACUAAAUGUUUGUGUCUCUUUACUGUUGAAGGCUAUGAAGAUUGUAUAGUAUGUUCAGUUGUUGUAUAGACCGAAUUAAAAAAAAACGAUGAAAUUCA